AUGUCUAGCCAUCGUCGCAGAAUAUUGAAUCCGCAAGAAAUUUUGUCCAGUUUGAAUAACAUUUUAGAGGACGAAUCAGAUGGUGAGCUUUUAGAUUAUUCUGACGACGACUACGAGUUAGAAAACGGUUCCGAUUCUUCUUCUGAUGAAUCUGAUGAGACUCUUGAGAGAGGAAUACCUCAAGACAUUGAGGAGAGGAAUGGACUUAUGGAGAUGGAUGCCAGAAGGGCGUGGCUUAAGGCGAGAGAGAUUGUUGAUAGAGCUACGGAUUUUACGACAAGACUUAAAUCAGCAUUUGACGGACUCCUUAUGGAGGGUAAUACAUCCGGAAUGUAUGAAGUGGCACUUGACCUUAUUAAGGAACACAUGGAGGAUGUUGCUGAUCUGGCGAUAUCCUUUAAGAGUAGAGGUCGUUUGUUCCUUAAGGCCGGCCAGCUGGUGAAGCAAUUGAGAGAGGAGGGCUCGAGGCUCAAUAUUGAGAACGAGUCUUUGAAGCUUGAAGUGGAAAAAUUGAGAGGCGAGAUAGACGGAGCUAAUGCCUUGAGGGGGGCUUCAAACAAGAACGACCUUGUAGGGACUGGAAAGACCACUUGUUCUGUGGAAACGCAAACGCCGGCAUUUCUGCCGGGUGCACCUAGAACAGGUGGGACUGAGGAGGGGACGAAGGGGGCCCAAUCGAAACCUGCGGUUCUUCCUGAGGCAAACAAGGAGUCGACCUGGGCUCAGGUCGUUGGGAGGGGACGAAGAAAGAAGAAUGGGGGGAAAGUGGGGCAGAGUGAGAGGACUGUUGGGGCAAGUGAGACCCCAUCGCCAGCUACGGCGCUCAAGCCUCCUCCAACCCAUAGAAAACGAGGAAGACAUAAGUCUGGGGCACCAAAUACCACUGCCGUGGUAUUGACUAUUCCCCCGGAGGUGGAGGCCAAGGGAUUGACUUAUGGGGAGGUUCUUUCUAGGGCCAGAAAGGAGAUCGCCCUCCCGGAACUGGGUAUUUCGGGAGGUGUAAGUAAUGGCAGUACAGCCACUGGUGCCCGAAUUUUAAAGGUGCCGGGGGCCGAUAGUGGGGCGCAGGCGGAUUUGCUUGCCUCCAAGUUGAGGAAUCUUUUGGGAGCCUCGGUUGAGGUCACGAGGCCCAUUAAGAGAACAGAUCUGAGGGUGACAGAGCUGGACGACUCUGUCACUUCUGACGAGCUUAAAGCGGCGCUGGCUAAUCAGGGUGGUUGUCCCCCUGAACAGCUUGUCAUGGGCCCUAUAGGCAUGGGCUCUGGAGGUCUGAGAAUGGCCCUUUUGAGGUGCCCUAUGGCGGCGGCUGAUAUUUUGGCCAAAAAGGGGAGGGUGUUGGUGGGCUGGACUUCUGCCCGUGUUAAACGCCUGGAUCCGUUGCCCUUGCGCUGUUUCAAGUGCAUGGGCACGGGCCACGUACGGAGGGUGUGUCCCUCCAAGGAGGACCGCUCUGGAGCUUGCUUCAGAUGCGGCCUGUUGAAGCUAAAACAUUUCACUCGGACAAAAAAGGAAGAGAGGCAGACCGUUGAAAGCCAAACCUGCUCUUAUUUGUAUUAUAAUCAUUUAUUACGAUACAAUUUGUUUUAUUUAAUUCCUUCAGUCAAAGCAAAAGUAAUUUAA